UUACGUGUGUUGCUCGAGUGUGUGUAGCGUGCGAUCUGUGUGCGUGUAUAAAUGGCGUGUAUUUUCGUUAGUCGGGGAAAAACGUGACUGCAAGCCCGGCCCGGCAGGAUCAAGUCGAUCUACAAACAUUGACCCAGUAUCACGGCCGCAGUAGUCGAGAGACUAUCGUGUCUCCGCGGCGAAACAUAUAGCGAACAGUGCGCGUGAAAAAAAAUGGCGGAUGUUGACUUGAACAUCGACAAUUUGAUUCAGCGAUUACUCGAAGUAUUUCAAACGCCGAAUGAGCAAGUUCCGAAGAAAGGCAGACUCGCAGAUAUUUUCUUGUCCGAUUUUGCCGUUCGAGGAUGUCGUCCUGGAAAAACGGUGAUAAUGACGGAAACGGAGGUACGAGGACUGUGCCUGAAAAGCCGUGAGAUAUUCCUCCAACAACCGAUACUUCUCGAGCUGGAGGCACCGUUGAAAAUAUGCGGCGAUAUACACGGACAGUAUACCGAUCUAUUGCGAUUAUUCGAAUACGGAGGUUUUCCACCCGAGGCGAAUUAUCUGUUUCUCGGCGAUUACGUAGAUCGAGGAAAACAAUCGCUCGAAACGAUAUGCUUAUUGCUCGCAUACAAGAUCAAAUAUCCUGAAAAUUUUUUUCUCCUACGCGGCAAUCACGAAUGCGCCAGUAUAAACCGAAUAUACGGCUUUUACGACGAAUGCAAACGUCGUUACAACAUCAAGUUGUGGAAAACUUUCACCGAUUGCUUCAAUUGUUUACCCAUCGCUGCAAUCAUAGAUGAAAAAAUUUUUUGUUGUCACGGCGGUCUCAGCCCCGACCUUCAGUCGAUGGAACAAAUCCGAAGAAUAAUGCGACCGACCGACGUGCCGGACACCGGAUUGUUGUGCGAUUUACUUUGGUCGGAUCCUGAUAAAGAUGUCCAGGGUUGGGGAGAAAACGAUCGAGGCGUCUCGUUCACUUUUGGACCCGAUGUUGUUUCCAAAUUUCUCAAUCGUCACGACAUGGAUCUGAUAUGUCGCGCGCAUCAGGUCGUUGAAGAUGGUUACGAGUUUUUCGCGAAACGACAGCUCGUCACGUUAUUCUCGGCGCCUAAUUAUUGUGGCGAAUUUGACAAUGCCGGUGGCAUGAUGAGCGUCGACGAAAACCUUAUGUGCAGUUUUCAAAUACUAAAACCAUCCGAGAAAAAGGCGAAAUAUCAAUACGGUGGCAUGACAGCGGCACAAGCUGCUCGACCAUCGACGCCCCAAAAAAAUCCGACGAAGAAGAGUAAAAAAUGACCACCCUUCGCAGAUCCAGCAGCAUAGCAGCAAACCUUGUCCUUCUAGACGACUAGAUAAGGAGAAAAACCUAAAUGGAAAAGGAAUAACAGAGAAACACGAAAAGAGAGAAGUAAAUAAUAUAGAAAUCAUUGAGGAGAAACAGAAACUGUCAUUGUCGUCAUCGUCAUCGUCAUCGUCAUCGCAUUAUGUACUCGCCCUUUGUCGUGAACCGUGCCACCGAAUAAAGUGGCAGGAAGAAAAGAAGAAAAAAAACAACCAGGCAAUUUAUAAGGAUUGCUCGCGAGUUCGAGGAUCAUUCACGAGUCUCUCAAAUCCGUCUCAAUGAAAAUUAUCAAUUCUUCAUUCAACACGAGGAAAGCAAAAUUAGAUGAACGAACACUGAAGGAAAAAAAUGUCCUGGCUAUGAUCCUUCUGUGAUCGAAAUUCGCGAUGUUUGUGUUUUCCAGUAUUCGCAUCCAAGUUGACGCUAAAAUGUCCGCGAUGACUCACCAACCUCGAAGUAUAUAUUUUAGUGUAAGAUAAAAAUAUGUUUAUUUCUGUUUUCGUUCCUAAUCGAAAUUUUCAUAUCAUUUUAAAAAAUAAUUUCAUCCACAGAAGAAAAAGAAUUGGGUCAAAAUUUCGUCUGCAAGGCAAUGAUAAAAUGUUGCAUUCGACUCAUUAUUACUUGUUUAUUUGUUCGUUCCUUCGCAAAACGAAAAGAGACAGAGCUUCCGUUUGCAACUCGGGUGAAAAAAACCCCCCCAAGGAAUUUUGUGCAAUGUGUAAUUCCAGGUGAAUUGAAGCUUGAAAAAGAAAUUAACAAUUAAAAAUUGAUAACACGUAAUAAGAAAAUCUACAAAUAUUAAAAAUUGACAUGGCAAAAGUAAAAAUUAUUUCCCCCGGAGACUUUCUGCGGAAUACCAUGCAAACAAAACAAAAACCCUUUUAUUUCUAAUUUAUUCGGAAGGCCCUAGAAGCUUGCGAGAUUUUGUAAUUCAUCAAAUGUUCGGUUAUUUCAAUCAUUCUGUAUGUUCCCUGUUCAUAUAUAUUUUUUGAUUUUAAAUCGUUCACGGAACAUGCCUUUCCUUCAAUUCUCAUUUCUCAUUUGAAAAUCUAUUGUUACUUAUCACAAUAUUUCAUAAUAAUUUAUUAAAAAUUCGUUCGAGCUUUUUCACAAUCAAAAUUCGCGUUAGAAAUUGGUACGAUAUUUGUGUCGUUGUUAUUUUCAUGUCCGAAAAAUAUCGUACCAAUAUUACCCAGAAAGAGUGAGUGAAAAAGAGAGGAAGGGUAAGAGGUUGACAAAUUAAACGAAAAAAAAUCGUGACGUGUGAAACCUUAGGAGAAACAAAAUGUUGAUCAUUUCAGCUCGUUUGUUCUCAACCCCUUUCCCCAGCGAUGAGGGAUAAUAGUUAUAGUCGUACUGUCAUUGUUAUUGUUGAAGCGCCGUUACAUUUGUCGUAUUAGUUGUCAUUAAAUAAUUAUAAGUUAUCACCGUUUUAGUCUGUUCUGUAAACGUGGACAUGAGAAUUGUUCGAAUGAAAAUCUACUUGAAAUUUGAACAAAACAAGUUUAUCAAACCACACGUUCAUAUAUACACGCAAAGCCUUUUAUUUCAUUUUUCGCCUCGUUUGUAACUUUUGCCUUGAAAUUAUAUAUCAAAAAAAAUAGCGAAAGAUAUUUCAUUCGAGAAGUGUACAUCUCCGGGUUUUUCUAAACCUUUUUUCCGAACGAAAUAUUAUUUUAUUACAAAAUGAUAAACAAGAAACUACGGUAAUCUGAGAAGAGAAUAAUACAGAAGAAAAUGAAUAAAAGUUGAUAUAAUUAUAGCAAGAGCCGUAUUUUUAAGACGUGUACGUCACCGCGCUCCGUCUAUUACAUAAAAUACAUACACAUUUACAUACAUAAAAAUAAAAAAGAAAUAUAUAUACAUGAAAGAAUAAGAAAUCUGUACUAUACUAGGACCUACAUAUAUGAUAGAAAAAAAUACCCUACGAUAUAGAACAUUGGUGGAUAUGUACAUACAUGAUGAUGUACGUGCACGAUACCACAUACCAAUUACAAAGGAUUCAUCGUGUCUUGUAACGAGGAUAUCGAGAUUAAUUAAGCGAGAGCCACGCAACCAAGAUUCGAGCGGUAAAGAGAACAAAAAGCAUCGCGUUUAAUGAAAAACGAUAUAUACAAAUUGCUUUGUAAAACUUGCCGGUUUUCACACCCGAUGAGGUUCCUCUACGCGAUAACAGGGAUACCGAGCACUGAGUAUAUAUUUGAAAGAAAAAGAGCAAAACGAAAUACUGAGGAAGGAGAAAGGAUAAAAUUGUACAUUGUCCCCCUAUGCUUUAUUCUUCGAUUCAUUGUAUUUAACGAGAAGUAAAAUAAUUAACUUAUAUAUCAGAAGACUGUACAAAAGAAUGAAAACAAGAAAAAACGGUUAAAGAGAGCGUCACUCAAGAGAUUCGCUGGUUCAGAUGUGCUUCGAAAGUAUUGAGACUUCCAUCGAAUCUCAAACUCAAGAUUUGAUGAUUUAAUUUUUUUUUUCUCUUUAAAUUACGAGAGUGAGAGAGGAAAAUAAUUUAUUAAAAGACCUCACACGCGUGUCCCGACCGUACCAAUCAUGUAUUUAUUUAUUUAUUUAUUUCGUCCACGCUUCUUAUUUUUUAUUUUCUUCGACCACGAUUAGACGACUCGAAUUACACGCGGUGGAUCGGAUGCGAAUAAAAUUGCUCCGUAUCGCUGACGUAUUUUAAAUAUCGUUUUUCUAAGCGUUGGUCGAACGUGCAUUUCUCAUUUGAGACUCGAUCCAGUAUUAACGAACAAAAAAAUAAAAACAAGGUUAAAAAAAACACGAAAUGAUUUCUGGAAUAUGAAAAUAACGGGGGGAAAAACUGUGUGGUCAACCGUAUACUGUCUACCACCACAUUGUACCUGUUUUGUAACCUGUACGUGUGUAAGGUAGAUUAUAUAUACGUCAACAUUGUAUGAUUAUUAUUCUUAUUAUUAAUUAAUAUCGCUAUUAUUAUACGGCGUAAUGUGUAAAAAAGAAGAUAAAAAAUGUCGUAAUUUCCACGCUGGUAGCACGAUCACGUUCGCUGGCGAAAAAGAUUGGACGAAUCUCUGCAAGGAAUUGUCGAUGAAUUUUCGUUUUCAUUAUUGUAUCAUUAUUAUUGUGACUAUUGAUUAUUACUUAUUAUCAUUAUAUGUUUUAUUCCGCUAAAUUGUCGCGAUGCAUCUGAUCAAUUGUGUUCGUGGAAUUUAGAAAAGAAAAUAAAAAGAAUCCUCGAGAUGUAUACUUUCAGAUAAUAAAUAUACGUAUUGCUGUAAA